UUCCGGUCAGCUGAGCGAGCACUUCCGGCGGGGCCUGCGGAUCGGUUCGGCGCGGCCAUGAGGAUCGAGAAGUGUUACUUCUGCUCCGGGCCCAUUUACCCGGGCCACGGCGUCAUGUUCGUGCGCAACGACUGCAAGAUAUUUAGAUUCUGCAAAUCAAAAUGUCACAAAAACUUUAAAAAGAAGAGAAACCCAAGAAAGAUCAGAUGGACCAAAGCAUUCCGAAAAGCAGCUGGCAAAGAAUUGACAGUGGACAAUUCAUUUGAAUUUGAGAAACGUAGAAAUGAACCAGUAAAAUACCAGAGAGAGUUGUGGAACAAGACUGUUGAUGCAAUGAAGAGAGUGGAGGAAAUAAAGCAAAAACGCCAAGCUAGGUUUAUUAUGAACAGAUUAAAGAAGAGCAAAGAAUUGCAGAAGGCAGAAGACAUCAAAGAAGUCAAACAGAACAUCCACCUUCUUCGUGCCCCACAUGCAGGCAAACCGAAACAACUGGAGGAGAAAAUGGUGCAGAAGCUACAGGAGGAUGUGGCCAUGGAAGAAGACUCUUAAAAUGCUUGUAUUUCUUGUCGUAAUUUCCUCAGCAGUUAACAGUUGCUUACUAUUUCGCCUGGCUUCACUUGGAGCUGUGCUUGCAAUUGAAGAAAAAUACAUUUUAAUAAAUAGCGGACGCUUAGGGUUUGAAUUAUUUUUGUUGUUAUAAAACAAAAUAAGAUGGAUAAUGGUUUGGACAGUAAUUACAGCUAUCUAUUUCGAGAAAACCUUGUCAACGGGAUGAAAAGUAAAUUAUGUUAUUUGAGAUGUAUUCUUUGUUAUACAGAAAGAAAAUGUAAUUUUCCCUUUUCUUGAUAAAAUAAGUUGGUACUA